AAGUGGUGUGGAUAUUGGUGUGUAGACAGAACAAUUUGGUUUUCUUUAUCAGCUAAAAAAUGGAACUUGUAAGCCCCACUCAGGAGGAGCAGAAUUGUGGAGCUAAAAAAUGGAACUUCUACUGCACCCCAUUGCGGAGUUCGUUAUUGUGACACUGGAUACUCGUGUCAGUCUGUGGGAGAUCGUAUGGGAAGAUCAUAUUAUUAGGAAUUUAAUCAAAUGGCCAACCCUAGAAGGACGCCAUUUUCCGUCUCCGGCAACAACCACCAACUGCCAGUCUCCUCCACCCAAGCCCCGCCGGCGCUUGUGAACUCAUUCUCGUCGUUCCUGAAGAAACCGCAUGCUUUCCCUUUCUUGCUCUCUUUCUUCCUUCUCCUGACCUGGGUCUCCCUCCGAUUCCAACGCUCCUCAGAUCAUCUCCGGCCCAGGGAGUUAGGACCCGGAUCGAAGGGACACCGUCACGGAUCGUCCAGCGAAUACCGUUUCGCAAACCUCUUACGCUUCUCUGCAUCUUCUCCGCUUAUUGCCAAGGACAAGCGCGGAUGGAUGUUCAACCCCAUUUCAAUGGCCCUCGAUUCUGCUAUUCCAGGCGGAGCAACAAGUUGUGCAUCCAUUCAUGUGGGUGAGAUCAAGCCCGGUGGUUUAAGGGGGAACCAUAGGCAUCAUACGUGCAACGAGACAUUUGUCAUAUGGGGAGCUCAAACACUAUUCCGGUUAGAAAAUAAUGCAGUAGAAGGACAUUAUGCUGAGGUUAUAGUUGGUGGGGACGAGGUUGCCGUUGCGGUAAGCCCUAGUGGAACAGCUCAUGCUCUCGUUAAUGUAGACCCUUCCCGAACUACAUUCUUCAUCGGGUGCCAGGAUAGCAUUGUUAACUACACUGACUCUAGGACUGAUUUUAAUAUUUGGAAUAAUCUAUAAUCUCUUCCUUUGUAUGUCAAGUUCCCUUUAUACAUAUACGUUAUACACCGAGGUAAUAGUUUUGACCGUUUCUUCUGAUACUUGGUUUUUGAGAUAACAAACACAACCAAUGUACAUGAAGGGAGGCUUGCUGCUCCAUACAGCUCCUGUGGCUCUGGCUCAUUACCUCAUUUUUGCAUUCCACCAUCGGAAUGCGUCUUUUUGGGGUUACUUGAUGUAUGAAUGCUUUUGAUUAGUGUCUAUUUGGGUUUAUUAACUAAAAUUAGCGUUUGCUCGAA